UCACUGCAGUGAUGUCCAACAAACCGUUAAGCCGUCUUGCUGAAAAUGGGGAAUGCCACAAGAGUGAAACGGGAAAUGGACCCCACAAUCUGUCUUCUCCUACACUUGGCACAUUUACCCCAGAAGAGAUGGUGCAGCAGAUGAAAGAGCUGAUUACAGAAAACAAUGAAUUAAAAGAAGCCAUGAAGAUACAUAACCAAGCUAUGAAGGGUCGGUAUGAGGAGCUUUCUGUGUGGCGAGAGAAACAGACCAAGUUCAAAGAAGCUAAACAUUGCUUGCAAGCCAAGUGCCUUGAAAACGAAGAGCUGCAGAAACAACUUCAAAGCCUAAAAGAGAAACCGGAGAACUGCACAGUUUCUAAGGAGGAAAUGACACAGGAAAUUAAGCAACUGAAGACACAGGUGGUGCGCCUUCAAGCUGAGAAGGCAGAUCUGCUUGCUAUUGUUUCAGAACUACAGCUCAAACUCAGUGUCCCUUCAACAGAGGACUCCUUUGUUGAGAUCAGAAUGAGUGAAGGAGUACCAAAUGCAGCUUUAAAAGAAAAUCAGGAUAUUGCUAAUGACCAAAGGAUCAGCAACCCAGCUGCCUACAUCAGGAGCGGAUCUGUGGAUGAACCAAAGAAUUUGGAAUCUGAAGAGUUCACUGUUCGCCAACUUCUUUGUUGCCUUAGAAAUGAAACUCAGAUGAGAGAGAACCUUGAAAAGGAACUUCAAGUACACAAGGACAGGCUGUCAACGCUGGAGAAGAAAUUGGCUGAUUAUGUAGAGAGUGGAACGCAAACGGAAUGGGAAAAAGAAGAGGAUGAAAGUGCAAAGACAGUUGGUAGUGAAAUAGAAGCACUGAAUCUGCAGGUGUCAUCCCUCUUCAAAGAGCUUCAGGAGGCCCAUGCUAAAUUAAAAGAAGCUGAGCUGAUCCAGAGGAGGCUUCAUGAAAAGUGUCAGAUACUUGAAAGAAAAAACUCUGCUACUCCAGCAGAUUUGGAUGAGAAGCAGCAGCUCCUGUAUACCAUUAAAAAGCUAGAGCUUCAGGUGGAGAGUGUACAGUCAGAAAUCAAACUGGAACAAACCAAAACAAAGGAAGAAAAGGCAAAAUUUUCUGACUUGCAACAUACAUACAGCAAGCUUCUCCCUGAGCUCACUGAUGCAAUGAAAACCAUUGAAGAACUAAAAAGGAAAGAGUUGGAGAAAGUGGAUAAGGUGGUGGUAGAAGAACUGAAUGAAAAGCUAGAGCUGGCAGAGAGAGCUUUGGCUACAAAACAACUUCAGAUGGAUGAAAUGAAGCAGACCAUUGCUAAGCAGGAAGAAGACCUUGAAACCAUGACUGUCCUCCGAGCUCAGAUGGAGGUUUAUUGUUCUGACUUCCAUGCUGAGAGAGAAGCAAGAGAGAAGAUACAUGAAGAAAAAGAACAGUUGGCUGUACAGUUGACGUACCUGCUACAGGAGAAAGAUGCUCUUGAAGACCGUGGCAGAAGCUCUUUGGUGGAAAUGCAAAGUCGUCACGGAGCCAGAGCAUCAUUGGAUCAUGAUCAUUCACCUCAUCUUGUACAAAGAGGAACUAAUCAACAGGACUGGCAGCAGCAGCAGAGGAAUAUUCCAAUGCAUUCCUGUCCCAAGUGUGGAGAAAUUCUACCUGACAUGGACACACUUCAGAUCCACGUUAUGGACUGUAUCAUCUGAAUGCUGAUCUCCCAACUCUUCAUAAAUGAAAAUUUAUACCUUCCAAGCAAAUGCAUUCUUUCCCUCUAGAAUAGGAUCUGAUCCUACUCUCUGUGAAGUUUUAUAGGGUUUUCCCACUGAUUUUGCUCACAAUAGGGCAAUUAGUAUUUCCAUUUCCUUUAGGGAAGAGAAUGUUCACAGUGUAAAAUGAGUUGCUAAUUUACAGAACUCCUCAUAUAUCUGCUGCAGUGAAAUCCUUAGCCGUACUCUAAGAAUAAACUCCAUUUCUCAUAGUUUAUGAUCACACAGAGCAGAGAAUGAUUCACAGUAGCUGGCUGAAUUAAUGUAAUCAAAGGAGACACAAGAUAGAUACAGCUGAUGAGAUGAAAUAGUUACAGGAAACUAACUCAUGUUUGCGAAGCUUUUAAUAAAAUUGAAUAGAUUUGUAUCAUUACACACUGGAAACGAAUCCUGCUCAUGUACUGAACAGCAGUUUUAUUGAAUUCCCUGUAAUCAGGCUAAUUUAAUUUUAAAUUAUUGAUAGUUUGUGUACUUUUUGCUUUAUCCAUAUUCGGGAAAGUGUAAGAUUGAACUGGUUGGGUCUGAAAUAUGUAGCUGUUGCUAUGAGCAAGUAAUUUAGUUUUAUAAAACAAUUCACAAUUUAAAGAAGCUGCCUUUACUCCUCUCCAUUCUAAUAAAUUCACCUGAACUUGUACAGUAGACCUCAAAAUAUUUUUGUUGGAAACAAGUAGCGUUAAUGUGACUUAAUAAUUUAGGAGAGUUAUUUGAGUUCCAUGUUUACAAGACAAAAAUAAAUCUGUUGCAUAGCACAAGAACCAACUUUGCAACUUGUAUAUAUUUUAGAACUUUAUUAUGUUCUGGAUUGGCUUUUUGUCCAUAUGUAUUUCCAGUAGGAAACUGUCUUGGGUUAGCUCUUUUGAUGCUCUCGGAAGUAUGUGAUCUUUACUUACAUAAUACCAAAUUUAAAAACUCACCACCUUCCUCUGUAUCAGUUAUGGGCAACCUAGUCUAGUGAGUGAGCCGUGUGAUUGGCUCUCUUUCAUCUCAGUGGGCUGCAAGAUUGUCAUAACCCACACAGUCUCCCAAGAUUGGGUAGUUUUGCUAACUGCACCUGUGUACCUAGAAUCUGUAGGCAGUGCCAACUGAACCAUAGCAGCACUUUGAUUGGAUGCAGAGAAACCACACGGCUCUCAUGGUCGGUGUUGUGUGCAAUCAGCAUGCACUUCACCUCAGGUGCCCUUGAUUUAUGUACAUGUCACUUUAAUAAUACCCAUAGGGGAAAAGCUAUGUGAAUGAAUACCAGCAGAAUCUGGCAACCCUAUGCAUGGGCAACAGUAAAUAAAAUGUCUUGCAGGCCACAGCUUGCCCACCACUGCUUUGGAUUGUGGCAGGAUUUCAGCUUGUCAACUGCUCUUAUUAAAUUACAAUUGAAGCCUAGAUUGUAAAAUAUACUGAGACAUUGCAAAAAAUCAUACAUCAUAUAAUGUGAAGGAUUACUUGGAAUGAGGAUUGUAAUAGGAAAAAAUGAAAAAGAUAUUGAGCUUGAUACUCAUUAUUCAGAUGGAAGUCCCACUGAUUUUGAACUGGAUUUCUCGCCAAGGAAGAACUGCAGGAUUAGAACCUUGUCUGGCCAGCUGAAUUGGUAAAUCUUUUGCUACAAACUACCAAUCCCUAAACUUGGAUCAUACUUGGCUCCCAAUGCCUUGCAUUAACUAUUAGACAUGCUUCCUUUACAGGCUAAUGAGUUAAAGGUUUGUUCAUGCACUAAGGAACUGUACCCUUCCAAUAAUUUAAUCUCUGCAGAUGUCAAACAAUGGCCUUUCCUUAAAUUCUGGAAAUGAAUUCACAACUUGCACUGUGGAUUUUUGGUGGUGUAAUAAAAUCCAACAGUUCA